AUGCACAGAAGUAUUACGUUGAGACGUACCGAAGUGCGCUGGAGUAUUACGUUGAAACGUGCUGAAGUGCGCUGGAUACAUUCCGGAAGACGAUUUACUGGCCGUAAUGGUAUAACAACAUCGGAACCAGUAACGGAAAAUGAUUCAAACUAUUUCAAACUAUUAGAGACAGAUGGUGAUUCACUUCUUGUUGGUGCAAGGUAA